AUGGAGAACAUCAUAACACGUUUGAGUUUCGCCAACAAAGUGGAAGAUGUGAACCUGCAAAAGAGAAAAUCUCAGCUGUACUUGAAGGAAGAAUGUCCACUGAACAACGGUGAACUGAGAGCCAAAGUUGCUGCGUUUUGUGUUGCGUUCAGACUCAUCAACUGCUUCCUGGUUCAGACCAGCUUCGUCCCUGAUGAGUACUGGCAGUCUCUGGAGGUUUCCCAUCGUAUGGUCUUCAAUUACGGGUAUCUCACGUGGGAAUGGAAGGAAGGAAUAAGAGGAUUCUCCUAUCCCCUCAUCUUUGCUUUCAUAUACAAGAUAUUACUCUUCUUUAACCUCGACUCAGUCAACCCCUUGAAAUGGCUUCCACGAAUAAUUCAAGCGCUCCUGGCGGCGUUUGCUGAUGUAAAAUUCUUCUUCCUCGUCCGAACACUAGAAAGUUGCGACGUUGCAAAAUGGAUGUUUUUCUGCCACCUGUGCUCGUGGUUUACCUGGUUCUGCUGCACCAGGACUCUGACCAACAGCAUGGAGACCCUCACCUGUUUGGCUCUCUGUUACUACCCCCUGUCCGGGUCCAAAACACACAGCAGCAAAAAAUAUUUGACCCUAGUUUCCUUGGCCUUCAUUUUUCGUCCGACGGCAGUGAUUGUCUGGUUUCCGCUGCUGGUGUACCAUGUCUGGCAGGAAAAUAACAAAUCUAGACUUAUCACUCAUGACUACAUUCCCAUUGGGGCCAUGUCUAUUGUGAUUUCAACAUUGAUUGACUAUAUAUUCUAUGAAAAGUGGACCAUGGUGCAGUUCAACUUCCUUAAGUUUAACAUAUUUCACGGUCUGGCUGAUUUCUACGGCUCUCACCCCUGGCAGUGGUACCUGACUCAGGGGUUUCCCGUUGUCCUCGGCCCUCAUCUUCCCCUCUUUCUUCACGGAUGGACCCUAGCUUUCAAAAGAUACAAAGUCCUGUUGGCAGCAGUAGUCUGGACUGUUGUGGUUUACAGUUUGCUUCCUCACAAGGAGUUCAGAUUCAUUUAUCCUGUGCUGCCCUUCUGUAUGAUCUUCUGUGGGAUAUCUUUGGCCAAUUUGAAAUCAUGGCGUCAAGCUGCAGCGUUUGCCUUGUUAGUGACCAACUUAGUUCUAGCUCUUUACACAGGCCUCAUCCACCAAAGAGGAGCUCUGGAUGUCAUGAGCCACCUCCAGACGCUUUGUGACGCCGGCAGCAUGUCGUCGCCUCCGCAGCCAGAAGUCCUCUUCCUCAUGCCCUGUCACUCCACACCUUACUACAGCCACGUCCACUGCCCCAUAAACAUGAGGUUUCUCGAGUGUCCUCCGGAUCUCAGAGAGAACAGUUAUGUCGAUGAAGCAGACAGAUUCUACGACGGCCCUCUUCUCUGGCAGAGGACGUAAUUUCCACACAAAUCUUCUAUGCCCACCCACUUGGUUUUAUUUGACGUUUUGGAAAAGGAAAUCUCCAUGUUUUUAAAAGGGAACAACUUUGUGAGGACGAAAGAAAUAUUUCACACUCAGUUUCCUGAGGGAAGAGUUGGAGGUAGCAUCUUUAUUUAUCAAAGGCACUCACAAACAAUGCAACAAUGGAAAUUCCUUUAA